ACCACUCCCCACUCUUCUCCUCACCUUCCUCUGUCUCCCUGAAAGCCCUGACUCACUUCUCUGUUUCUCGAUCUAAAACCCUUCUUCUUCUCUUUUUAGUUCGGUUUCCAAAGAGAAUGACGAACCGGAAAGUGGUCGUGUCGGACCGGAAACCGGUUACGGGCAUGAAAAUCACAGUCUCUGUUUCAGACACUCCUCUGUUUCCGGAGAAGCUGUUGCCUUCACCUCCAAGUUACUUCAGCAUUAAGCCACGUAUAAAGUUCCUUAAACGUAUUGAAUCCGAUAAUAACAAGUUGGGUGCCGCCAAAAUCGCAUCUUGGGUCGAUUCAUUGCGUGCUUCAUCGCCGACCCGUCUCAGAUCCUCGGGUUCUGUCUCUGAAAACGAUGAGAAAAUCUCAUGGAUGGUUCGUUUUCCAUCGGCUUUGAAUAGGUUUAACGAGAUUAUGAGUCGUGCGAAAGGGAAAAAGAUCGUAAUGUUUCUUGACUACGACGGAACUCUUUCUCCGAUCGUUGAAGAUCCCGACAAAGCUUACAUGUCCGAUGAGAUGCGAGAAGCUGUAAGAGAGGUUGCUGCAUACUUUCCGACGGCGAUUGUCACCGGAAGAUGCGUAGACAAGGUUCGGAGUUUUGUGAAACUCGCCGGAAUUUACUACGCCGGCAGUCACGGCAUGGACAUCAAGGGUCCAACCAAGGCCAAUUGUUACAACAAGAGCGACCAAGGAAUGCUGCUUCAACCCGCGAGUGAAUUUUUGCCGAUGAUCGACGAGGUAUUCAAAAUCCUGAAGGAAAAGACAAAAUCGAUCAAAGGGGCUAUGGUGGAAAACAACAAGUUUUGCUUAUCCGUACAUUUCCGCCGCGUUGAUGAAAAGAGAUGGAUCGCAUUAGCCGAGAAAGUAAAAUUGGUUCUCAAUGAUUAUCCAAAGCUGAGGCUAACCCAAGGCAGAAAGGUACUUGAAAUCCGUCCCACGAUCAAAUGGGACAAAGGCAAGGCACUUGAAUUUUUGCUAGAGACUUUAGGUUUCGUAAAUUCUAACGAUGUUUUUCCAAUAUACAUCGGAGAUGAUCGUACCGACGAAGAUGCAUUCAAGUUUAAUGUGACGCUCAUAUGCGUGAUUCUAGGUUUUACAAGAACGGGGACAAGGUUUUGGCGUUCUUGUCUCAAAAUUCCCAAAGGAAACGAACGCAUCUUAUUCUCUUCAAGAACCGAAUCAGGUUAGAGCAUUUUUGCAGCGUUUGGUAGAGUGGAAGAGACAAACUCUAGGGGAAGAGAUAAAUUUAUCGUAAAUUUAUCACAUACAUAUACAUAUAUAUAUAUAUAUAUAUAUAUAUAUAUAUAUAUUGCUUUGAAGGGAUAAUAUUAUCUCUAAAAUUUAGCAGACGGUGUUUUCGGCCAUAAGUCACCUGAAAUUGUAUAUUAUGCGUAUUUGAAGGAGGAGAGAGGGAAAAAAUGCAUUUUAUUCUAAUUUUAAGUGUAUGUUUUAAAAGGAUGCAUAAAUCCAACGAAACUUUCCACCGCUAUUA